AUGGCCAGAAAGCGCAACAUCGCCGUCCAAAAUCAACUCAGCCCUCUCUUCGAGGCGGAGCCGGAGGUGGCCACCACCAAGAAGCUGCGGAGGCUCCCUCAUGUCUUCACCAGAGUCCUGCAACUCCCCAUCCCCGCCGAUGCUGACGUGUCCUUCCAUGAAGCUCCUAACUGCUUCCGAUUCGUGGUGGAGACACCGGAACUCGUACAGGUGGAGGCCCACAUCGUCCAAAUCCAUCCCGGAAUGACAAAGGUUGUAGUCAGCGAAACUGUCUCCUUGUGCAUUCCCUUCGAAGACCUCCACCUCGACGUCUGGAGGACCCGCCUGCCGGACUCCACGCGGCCGGACCUCACCACCGCCGUCGUGGUCGGUGGUGAACUUGUCGUGACGGUGCCAAAGAGCGUCCGGGCAGAUGACCUCAGAGGCACGGGCGCUGCUUCUACACCCGUGCUUGUAUAG